GAGAAUCCCGGGAGGGAGGCUUCCUGGAAGAAGAUGUCUAAAGAGGAGCUGGAGAUUCAGUACAGCCCCAGCGGCUGGGUCGUCCGACGGGGAGCAGAGGAGACCCUGAGGACCUACUCACAGAUAGGAGACGAGGAAAUCAGGGCUUGGGAACCUGUAAGCUCUGAAGCCCCAAGGGUCAUGUCCACCCCCGCCCUGUGUCUCCGGAGUGCGACCAUGUGAUUUUCACACUCGGUGAAGUGUUGGAGCCAGGCUGGGGCAGCGGUUCCCCCGAGGAAGUGUGGGUGAGAAGGCAGGCAGCCCCUCCCCUCAGUGGGAAAAUGGGGUGUUGGCAAAUGCUGUGUUUCGGCAGAGUGAACAGAACUCCCACGCCUGGUGCAUCUCGACACUGACAUAAGCCAGCGAGGGGAACAGGCUUGCGGAGGUUUGUCCCAGCACAUUCCAGCCCCCUCCCUGUCCCGAUACCUGCUGGGCGGAGCUGUUCCCUGGGCUCUUCAGAGUCCCCUUCUGUGCCCAGCUCUGUGCCAAAUGCGUCUUUAUUUGCUCAAUAAAUAUUUGAGUGUGCAGUGAAACCUACCUGAGCCUGCAGAAACCUGUUUGUCCAUCUUAAUGGUCUUGAGGGAGAAAAGGGCUGCCCCCGUUGAGAGAGGGACUCGCUCUAAGAAGAGUGUGCCGCCUGGAGCCCUCGGGGCCUCUCUUUGGUAGCUCCUCUCCAUAAGCCCUGCGGACAGCUUCAAGUGUCCACUCCACCCCGCUUCCUUGUGUCGAGGCUCCAGCUGGCCCAGGGGUGCUGCAGGUGCAGAAGCCUUUUCUCAGAUGAAGAACAGAGCCCGAUAACAGGGGGCAGUCGGCCGGGCGAGUGAGCAGAGCCCCGCGUGUGCAGGGUUGGAGCUGUCUCUAUUUAAAAUGUUGACACUUUGUUCGUCAUGCACUUUUUGGCAUUAGUUUUGAUUUUUUUUAAUUGCAUUCAAAUAUAAUUUGUCUUUGUAUUGGUCAGUUUGGGCUGCCGUAACGAAAUGCCACGGACUGGGUGGCUGGAACAGUAGGAAUCUAUCUCUCACGGUUCCGGAGUCCAGGAAGGGCAAAAUCAAGGUGCCAGAGAUUCAGUUCGUGGCGAGGGGUCUCUUCCUGGCUGCAGAUGGCUGCCCUCCCUCUGUGUCCUCAUGUGGCAGACAGCGAGCUCUGGGGUCUCUUCCUCUCCUCAUAAGGGCACUAAUCCCAUCGCAGGGACCCCACCCUCAGGCCCUCAUCUCAACCUGAUUGCCCCCCCUAGGGCCCCGCCUCCUGAUGACAUCGCAUUAGGGGUAAGAUUUCACCGUAUGCCUUUGGGGGACACAAACGUUGAGCCCAUGCAAUCUUCAUUACUGAGUUUUUUGGUCCCCCCUCCCUCUGCCCCAUUGUGCACAAACUCACCCCACCCCAGUCCAGGCCCUGCUCCAUGAGGCUGACUUACUCAGGCUCACACUCAGCUCCCGGGUAAGAGGGAGGAGCAGGUUGACAGGGUGAUGGCGGCCGGCAGGUCAGUACCUGCCCACCAGCCGGCCUCUCCUGGCGGAGUGCCCCCGACCUCCCCAGUGCUGCCUGUGGCCUGGAGAUUGCCUCCUUGGAAUCAGACUCACAGGAGGCGGCCGGGAAUGUAAAGUGGAAAUGAUGAAAAAGCCUCCUGCCCACCCAGAAAGGCGGAGGGGAAAGAAAACAUGUUUUAUUAUUGAGUAAAGAUUAAACCAAACUGCCAUGCGCAUCACAGGCAAGCCGCUGCAGAGACUGCAAAGCCAGGAAGAAAUCUCACCCUUUUAUGUGGCCGGGCAGAUGCCCCCCUUGCGUACCUGCUGUCAAGAUCAACAUGCCUGUCCUCAAGCACGGGGACCUGGCAGCACCAUCUGCCACACUAGUCCAUCCUAAAUCCACCUGGUAUUUAGGGUGGCCAUCUGUGCUUGCAAACUGCCUUUAUCCAGAGGAAAAAGAAACCUUUCGCAUCUUUAUGACUGAGAGGCAAUUUGACCCCUGCAUAAGUUAGCCAGGAGCCUGCAUUCCUCCGGUGGAAUGGUAAUGGUCCAGCAGCUCGCCUAAACCCUGCGACGGGUGCACAUCUGAACUCGUGGUCCCCCGAACCACGCCUCCCCCAGGAGGACCAGCCGCCAGCGAGGUUGAAGACCUAGCCCCCUGAGUGGCUGUGUUUGGAGGUGGGGCCUCUAAGGAAGUGAUUAAUGUUAAACGAGGUCAUAAAGGUGGAGUCCUUAUCCCUCAGGGCUAUUGGAAGAGACGUCAGAGAGCCUGGCUCCCGAGCGGGAGAGAGCUGCAUGCACACACACAGAGGAGGCCAUGCGAGCACGCAGCAAGAAGGCGGCCGUCUGCCACCCAGGGGAAGGGCCCUCACCCCCAACCCUCCUUCCGCCUUGAGCUUGAACUGUGAGAAAUCGCCACCAAGAGGGCCCAGGCCGCCAGGGGGAGCCUGCUGCACGUCCCCUAUGGAGACAGGGAACGAGAGAGACUGGACAUCUACUUUCCUGAGGACGAGUCUGAGGGUGAGUGGGGGGCGCAGUGGCCCCGUGGCAGAGCACAGCCGGCGCCCGGCCGCAGCCCAGCCUCCUCCGUCUCUUGCAGCUUUGCCCUUCUUUGUGUUUUUCCACGGAGGGUACUGGCAGAGUGGAAGUAAAGACUCGUCGGCCUUCAUGGUCAGCCCACUGACAGCCCAGGGAGUGGCCGUGGUGGUAGUGUCUUAUGACAUCGCCCCCAAAGGCACCCUGGACCAGAUGGUGGACCAGGUGACCCAGAGCAUCGCGUUUGUCCAGAAGCGGUAUCCGUGCAAUGAGGGGAUUUACCUGUGUGGACACUCAGCUGGGGCCCACCUGGCCGCCAUGAUGCUGCUAGCCAACUGGACCAAGCAUGGAGCCACGCCCAACCUCAAAGGCUUUUUCCUGGUCAGUGGGAUCUACGACCUGGAGCCCAUCAUGCACAUCCCUGAGAACGAAGCUCUCCUCAUGACCCUAGAGGAUGCUCAGAGGAACAGCCCACAGCGGUGCCUGGAGGUCGCCCUGACGCAGCCCGUGGAUGCAGCCUGCCCCGUGCUGGUGAUUGUGGGCCAACACGACUCCCCCGAAUACCACCGACAGUCCAGGGAGUUUUAUCAGGCUUUGCGCCGAGGAGGGUGGAAAGCCUCGUUUGAAGAACUCGAUGAUGUGGAUCACUUUGAGAUCAUUUGGAACCUCACCCAGAAGGACUACGUGCUCACCCAGAUGAUUUUGAAAACAAUCUUCCAGGAGUCCUGACAGCGCCUGAACCCCAGCUGGUGUGCACCGGAUUUGUGAAGCUUCUCUGAAGAGCCCGACAGCGUUCCCUUCCUGUCAGCCCUCAGCUUUCCCCGGCGCCCAGCAGCGCCUUCGUUUGAGUCCCUUCUCGCAGUCCUGAACACGAGUACAAAUCUCCGUGGCCUCUCCUGGCCUGGAUGGAGCAGCCUCCAGGAAAGGUCCGGCCCAGGUCAACACUGCGUGAUGCCCGGAACUGCCUCUGGGCCAAGUCUGGCCCCCAAGCCUGCUGAGAGGGCGUGACAAAAAUGACAGCUUCUAACCACACGUGGACUAACCUCCAGCUCGAUGCCUGUUUUUGUAUGACCUACAAGCUGAGAAUGACUUUAUGUUUUUAAAUGGUUGAAAAAAAUCAAAAAAGAAUAUUAUUUCGUGACAUGUCAAAAUUAUAUAAAAUUCAGAUUUCAGCAUCCAUCAGUAAAAUUUUAUCAGAGCACAGCCCCGUUCAUUCGUUUACGAAUUGUCUGUAAUGGCUUUUGAGCUACAGCGGCAAAGUUGGGUAGUUGUGUUCGAGAUAUAUGACCCCCAAAACCUAAAAUAUUUACUAUCUGGUUCUUUACAGAAUAAGUUUGCCAAUCGUUUUGUAAGAGUUGCCCAAACCAGUUUUUGUUGUGUCUUUUGCUUCCCUUCUUUGUCUGCUCUGUCCUGGGCCCCACCUGACCUUUGGAUCUGUCCCUGAACACCCUGGGAUGUUAGCCUCGGGGCUGACACCUUGACUGUGAGAGGACAAUGACAUCCCCAGGUAGGACACACUUCUGGCCUCCCCAGGGCUGUGUGCACUCAGUUCCCGAGGAGCCAGCUGUGUCUACCCACACCCUCCACGGCCCACCCCCUCUCUCCGCCACUCUGCAUAGCUAGCAGGUCAAGAAUGAUUAAUUAUAGUAAAAGUAGGUAAUGGCCUGAAUAUUCAUCAGUAGGGAAUAAAUACAUCUAAACAGCCAACCACCCUGUAGCCGUUAGAAAGAAACCUGCGUUUAGAUCUCCAAGACAUUUGUUACAUGACGAAAAGCAAGAUGCUCACGAUACAAAAUAAGACCAUCUCAGUAACCUUUCAUCACACGCAUUCACAAAACGACGUGUUUCUGCAUGUGCCCAGUGUGUGUGAAUGCAGAGAAAAAGGUUGGGGAGGACCCACACCUCGUGCCUCUGCUCCUCCCCGGGCAGUGGGGCUGGGAACAGGGGGAGUGGGGUGUUGGCUUUGUCUGGAUUCUUUGUAUCUUUUAGGAUAAGAAUGUAAUGAGUCUUUAAAUGUACUAUGUAAUUUGAAACAUUAAAAUAUUCGAAAAGCUUCAGCAUGCAGGCAGAUGAGAAUGGCAUUAUAGGUGUAACUUGAAUCCAUUCCGGAUUUUUAAAGGAAAUGACUCACAAACUGUAGGACUUCGUUUAAUAUUUGUAACAAAUUCCUCGUGAGACACCUCACAGCUGCUGGCAGGAAACCCGAGUUGUGACCACACCUGGGUGGAGAAUUGCUCCCUUGGGUUGUGCCCUUUUAAGGCAAAAUGCCUUAAGGUAAGCAGAAGAGAACAAAAAAGUGUCACCCGCUGUGUGAUCCUAUUUUCAUUUAAGAAGGAUACAUAGUCACAUAUAUGGGCAUAUGACAUUCUGGAAGGAUGU